CAGGUCUCCUACACCCUCACUCCAGGGCAGAAUGACAGAGCAUGAGGACUUUGCCGGCCUGGCUGGCUUCUGGAACUCCUCGGACAGUCACCAGUUCAGCCCAGCCAGCGUCAUCGUACCUGUUGUCUUCUCCCUCAUCUUCCUCCUGGGCACGGUGGGCAACAGCCUGGUGCUGGCAGUGCUGCUGCGCAAUGGCCAGAUGGGUCACAACACCACCAACCUCUUCAUCCUCAACCUCAGUCUGGCCGACUUUUUCUUCAUCAUUUUCUGCGUCCCCUUCCAGGCCACCAUCUACUCACUGGAGGGCUGGGUCUUCGGCUCCUUCAUGUGCAAAGCUGUCCACUUCUUCAUCUACCUCACCAUGUAUGCUAGCAGCUUCACCCUCGCUGCCGUCUCAGUGGACAGGUAUCUGGCCAUCCGCUACCCAUUGCGCUCUCGGGAGCUGCGAACACCCUACAAUGCAGUGGCAGCCAUGGCUGUGAUCUGGGGUCUCUCAGUGGUCUUUGCUGGGCCAUACCUGAGUUAUUAUGACCUGAUUGAGUGGGAGUCCAGCUACAUCUGUAUGCCUGGCUGGGAGGAGUGGAAGCGCAAGAUCAUGGACACCAGCACUUUUGCCUUUGGUUAUGUGAUCCCGGUGCUAAUAGUCAGCCUUUCAUACACCAGGACCAUCAAGUACCUGUGGACAGCCGUGGACCCCCUGGAAGACAUGUCUGAAUCCAAAAAGGCCAAGCGGAAGGUUACCAAGAUGAUAAUCAUUGUGACCAUCCUCUUCUGCCUGUGCUGGCUGCCCUACCAUGUGGUCAUCCUCCGCUACCUCUAUGGGGACUUCCCCUUCAACCAGGCCACCUAUGCCUUCCGGCUGCUCUCCCACUGCAUGGCCUAUGCCAACUCCUGCCUCAACCCCAUUGUCUAUGCCCUUGUGUCCAAGCACUUCCGCAAGGGCUUCAAGAAGGUCUUCAGCUGCCUCUUGAGGAAGAAGGCCCGGAACAAGGUCCAUGUUGUGCAUGCUGCCCACAUGGUGCCUGGCUUUGAUGCUGGCUCCACCGAGGUGUCCCAGAUGAAUGAGGAGAACAAUGGGCAGCAGAAUGGGUGUGAGCUGGAUCCAGCAUCCCUUGUGGUCCCAUCAGGCUCCUCCCGGCCUCUCCAUAUUUCCUAGUAGCCAGGCUCUUUCCUCAACUAACCACACUGUGCUGCCGAAAACAGGGAGACACAACCCCUUCUCUCUGGGUGUUGGAAAGCACAGAGAGGUCAUCGAGGUGCAGAGAGCCCCACAACGGAAACCCAGGAAUCCUGCUCCUCCCCCUGGACUUGCCACUUCUCCUGUUGCAUCACAGAUGUGAUAUUCUCCCAAGCACAGAAACAAAGCCCCUGAGACAGCAUAAACCUGCACAUGCCCAUCCUAGAGGACAGACCUGGGCUCAUGCUUGCUCCACAGGCCAGGAGAACUAAAGCUUGCUGGGUUCCAGCUGAGCACUAGCUCCUUUGACUGCACCCUGGUUGGCUCCACACACUCUGUACACCUUCCUUCCAAUCUCACUGUUCC